UGAAAAAGCCUUGCAGCCUCGCCUGGGAACGUCUGGUGUAACACCUCCUCCACAACCGCCCACCCCUGGGUGGAUUUUCAUCACUGAGAGACGCAGAUGAAGAGAUUACCAUGGAGGAACCUGAAUGGUGAAAUCCAGGAUGUGGCUCCAGGCAGUGACAGAUUCCUCGGGUCUCCUGUGAUCAGGCACAAGCCACGCACAGAAUGCUCCUGUUCUCUGUUCCCCAGUUACUUCCUGCCCUGUGACCACACACCCCUGCCUGACAGGGCUGCUCUGUAGAUCUGAAGGACUGGGCUUUCUGACCACACAGCCCCGCUGCCACCGAGGACAGUGUCUCUACAAGGUCUGUCACCUAAAGCAGUCAAAAUGGCCAGAGGAUCCGUGUCUGAUGAAGAAAUGAUGGAGCUCAGAGAGGCUUUUGCCAAAGUCGAUACUGACGGCAACGGGUACAUCAGCUGCAAUGAACUGAAUGACUUGUUCAAGGCGGCCUGCCUGCCUCUGCCUGGCUACCGAGUGAGAGAAAUCACAGAGAACCUGAUGGCCACAGGUGACCUGGACCAAGAUGGGAAGAUUAGCUUUGAUGAGUUUAUCAAGGUCUUCCAUGGCUUAAAAAGCACCGAGGUUGCCAAAACCUUCCGAAAAGCUAUCAACAAGAAGGAAGGGAUCUGUGCGAUCGGUGGCACCUCUGAGCAGUCCAGCGUGGGUACCCAGCAUUCCUACUCAGAGGAAGAAAAGUAUGCCUUUGUCAACUGGAUAAACAAAGCCCUGGAGAAUGACCCUGACUGCCGGCACGUCAUCCCCAUGAACCCGAACACCGAUGAUCUCUUCAAUGCUGUCGGGGAUGGCAUAGUUCUUUGUAAAAUGGUCAACCUGUCUGUGCCAGACACAAUUGAUGAAAGAACAAUCAACAAGAAGAAGCUCACACCGUUCACCAUUCAGGAAAACUUGAACUUAGCUCUGAACUCUGCCUCGGCCAUCGGAUGCCAUGUAGUUAAUAUAGGGGCUGAGGACCUGAAGGAGGGGAAGCCAUAUCUGGUCCUGGGACUUUUGUGGCAAGUUAUCAAGAUUGGGUUGUUUGCUGACAUUGAACUCAGCAGAAAUGAAGCUCUGAUUGCUCUUUUGAGAGAAGGAGAGAGCCUAGAGGAUUUGAUGAAGUUGUCUCCUGAAGAACUCCUGUUGCGGUGGGCGAACUACCACCUAGAAAAUGCAGGCUGCACCAAAAUCACCAACUUCAGCACUGACAUCAAGGACUCGAAAGCUUAUUACCACCUGCUCGAGCAGGUGGCUCCGAGAGGAGAUGAAGAAGGGAUCCCGGCUGUAGUGAUUGACAUGUCAGGACUGAGGGAGAAGGAUGACAUCCAGAGAGCAGAGUGUAUGUUGCAGCAGGCAGAGAGGCUGGGCUGCCGGCAGUUUGUCACAGCCACUGAUGUUGUCCGAGGGAACCCCAAGUUGAACCUGGCCUUCAUUGCCAACCUCUUUAACAAAUACCCUGCCUUGCACAAACCGGAGAACCAGGACAUUGACUGGGGGGCUCUCGAAGGUGAGACGAGGGAAGAGCGGACGUUCAGGAACUGGAUGAACUCACUGGGAGUUAACCCUGGAGUCAAUCAUUUGUACAGCGACUUAUCCGACGCCCUGGUCAUCUUCCAGCUCUAUGAAAAGAUCAAAGUCCCUGUUGACUGGAACAGAGUAAACAGACCUCCAUACCCCAAGCUGGGGGGCAACAUGAAAAAGCUCGAGAACUGUAAUUAUGCAGUGGAUCUGGGGAAGAAUCAAGCUAAAUUUUCCCUAGUUGGUAUCGCAGGACAAGACCUCAAUGAAGGAAACCGCACUCUGACGCUGGCAUUGGUUUGGCAGCUCAUGAGAAGGUACACACUGAAUAUCCUGGAAGAUAUUGGAGGUGGUCAGAAGGUCAAUGAUGACAUUAUUGUCAACUGGGUGAACACGACAUUGAAGGAGGCACAGAAAAGUUCGUCCAUCACUAGCUUCAAGGACCCAAAGAUCAGCACCAGCCUCCCGGUUCUGGAUCUCAUCGAUGCCAUUCAGCCAGGCUCCAUAAACUAUGACCUUCUGAAGACAGAAAACCUGGAUGAUGAAGAGAAGCUCAACAAUGCAAAGUAUGCUAUCUCCAUGGCCAGAAAAAUCGGAGCAAGAGUGUAUGCCCUUCCAGAAGACCUGGUUGAAGUGAACCCCAAAAUGGUCAUGACAGUGUUCGCUUGCCUCAUGGGGAAAGGGAUGAAGAGGGUGUAAGUCCCACAGGAGCAAGCCAGAAAGAGACACCAUCAACCCUGAGGGUCAGCAUGUGAUGCUCCCAGGAUACAGAGGACCAUUCAAGCCAUUCCAAAGUCCUGAACCUUGGAGACAUUGUCUGAAAUUCGCAUAUUUGUUCUGCCAAGUAGCUUCUGCUAUAGUCGAGCUUCUCUUUUGUUGUCCCCACCCCCAGGAGAUCUACUCGCCUACAGAUUUUUUUCUUUUAUUCUUUGAAAUUCUUUGGGGGAGGGGGGAGAGUUAAAAAGAAGUUAUUUCCAGAUGCUCACCCCACCCCCGACACCCUUGCUUUCACUGAUAGCCAAGGAUAUAGACUACAUUGUUCUUAAGGGUCACCUGAUCUCUUGAGCCAGUUUGAUCUAGCUGCUUUUUGCCUUGUUCAAACUGAGGACCUGGAAGGGAUCGUCAAACUUGCCUUAAAUAAAGCCUGUCACUAGAGGCUGACACUGGAUGGUCACAGCCCUUCCUUGCAUCUCCUCUCAGCUUGUCUCCCUGUGAGUUUGCUCCAAUCCCCUCAGAACCAUACCUGCUCUGUGGUCCCCAUUUUUGCCAGCCUUGUCUCUAGGCUACUGGAGUAUCUGACAAAUCAGUCAAGCUCCCAGGAGUCUCUGGGAGACUGAAAAACUGGGGUCUCAAAGAAAGUGUAAUGGAGAGUAAAACCACUAGGGGGCAGUAUGGUGGGACCACAAAGCAUCUACCCUUCUGUGUAUAUCUCCACACCUUUAACUCCUCUUGUUAGAGAGCUGCUUAUUGUGGUGUUGACAAAAUGUCUGAUGACAGUUGGAAGCAAUCCUGCAUAACUUCAUUUGCUUUUAGACAUCGACAUAUUUGAUUGUCACCAGGCCAUAUUACCAAUACUCACUUUGUUGGUACUAUAAAAGCUUUUGCCUCCCUAAAGUUUCUGUAAGUGGGGGGUUGAUAUGUGCCAAUAAUCUAUGUCCCUGCCUCACCCAAAUGCUUGCACGGGCACAUACGCAUAUGUAGCUGGAUGCCAAGAGUACCAUGUUGACUAGGAACUGCCUGGAAUUCAAAACAGAAAAGGGACAGCAUGAAUUUGAAUAGCUCCCACUAGAUAAGCAAUUUCCACGAAAACUUACCAAAAGCUAAAACUCCACAGAGCAUUGUGAACCAAAGGUAGACUCCCUUUGCAUUAGUGAAAGUCUUACUCCCACUAAUGGGACUUCGUUGUCUUCCAAAGCAGUGGAAAUGCAGGAUCUCAACUUCAUCCCCUGACAGUGGGCUCAGGAAACCAAUAGAUGGCUCUUUCCAGCUCCCAACCAGUAUUCCCGCUGCAUCCGAAUGCAAAGUGUUUGGCUGUGACUUUAGUCUGAACAUCAUGUAGCCUCAGAUGAUGUUUGCCCAUCUGCCUCCACGAAGUAAGGAUAUUAUUGUUGCCUUAAUGGAAAAAUGAAGAUAAAUCAUGUUUAAAAAAAUCUUUCCAAAUAAAAUGUUCCCAAUUCUG